CAAAUGGGUAUCGUUCAUAGACCUAAUUGAACUAAUUAGAUUAUUCUAGACCUCUAUAGUCUAUAUAUAGAUCUCUCUAGGCAAUUAUAGUCAGACUAAAUUGAUUAUAGGAUUGUUUCCAAGAUUUCUUUCAUGAUUCGAUCACCAUGCAACAAAACAAAAUUGACUUCAAAGAUUUUUUAAUGGAUCAUAUUGUUUUUGUUCACGAAUUAUAACUGUGAUUAAAUUCAUGGCUGAUUUAUAAAGUAAGGUAAACAAAAGUAUUUGUAGAACCAUUUAUUUCAUUUUGAAGAUCAAAACUAUGGAAGAUAGAACUCACAGAAUUGAAAGAGAUAGCAAUAAGAUAAUGGUCUCAAAGUACAAUGAGAAACUAAAUCAAAGUUUGGCUUCUCAAGAAAGUGUUUUGAAUGAUGAAUGUAAUGAUUCUAUUAGCACUACUGGGAUUGGAAAAAGGGGAAGAAAGUCCAACUGGAGAGGCUGGCGAAAAAGAGGCAGAGGUGGCUCAAAUCAUCACACAGAAAAAGAUGGUGAAAAGAUAAAGUCCUCACAGUACAAUGAGGUAGGGCAACAAAGUUGGACUUCUCAAGAAAGUGUUAUGAGCAAAGAGGAGGAUGAAUGCAACAACUCUGUUAGUUCUAACUCUGCUGGAUUAGGAAAAAGGGGAGGAAAAUCUAAUUGGAGAGGCUGGCAAAAAAGAGGCAGAGGUGGCUCUAAUCACCACACAGAAAAAGAUGGUGAAAAGAUAAAGACCUCACAGUACUAUGAGGUAGGGCAACAAAGUUGGGCUUCUCAAGAAAGUGUUAUGAGCAAAGAGGAGGAUGAAUGCAACAGCUCUGUUAGUUCUAACUCUACUGGAUUAGGAAAAAGGGGAGGAAAAUCUAAUUGGAGAGGCUGGCAAAGGGGCAGAGGGGGCUCAAACUACAACACACAAAAAGAUGGUGAAAAGAUAAAGACCUCACAGUACAAUGAGAGUACUCAAGAAAUCGUUGUGAUGACAGAAGAUCAAACAAUGUCUGUAUUUAAUGAAAAAAACUUAGGAAAAGUGAAUGUUACAAAUAAAAAGAAUAAUUUUUCUUCACAGUCUAAUUAUCAAGAGGCAGAUUCACUAGAAAAUAUUACUUCGAGCAAUGAUAGGGGUAGAGGACGAGGCCACAUGCCUCUCCAUGCAAAUUUAAACGAUAAUAAAAUUGUCAAUUCAUAUGAUGCGGAUGAAGUAUUUUCUGCCAAUGGUACUUUGGAACGCACUAAAUACCACAGUGCAUUUUCUGUUAACACUAGAAGGGGUCAAGGUUAUUUCAGAGGCAGAGGUCGAGGUGGAAAAAAACUAACCAUUAAUGAGAACAUCACUCAGGAAGAGGAGUACACUGACAACACAAAUCAAGUAACAGAUGAUAAAGGUAGAUAUAGGUCAGGUACAAGGGUGUUUAAUAAAAAUUAUAAUAGUGCUGAUAAGAAAGGCACCGUAGAAAAACAUGAGAGUUAUGAAGAUGAUUUUGAAAAAAAUUCUUCUUCUAAAGACAAUGGCAUUACUAAUGGCAAUAUAGGGAACUUGGAAUUAGGUCAAGAUGUUAAUUCAGAAAAUAAAAACAAUUUUCCUAAAAAAAAAAGAAAGAGAAGAAACAGAUGGAAAAAUAAAUAUAAGGAUAAUAAAGGAGAAAAUUCCAAUUAUGUGAACAGUGAAUUGGAAUCACAAAUAACAUUUCAUUGUGAAAGUGUAAAAGAGUCAAUAAAAAAGGUUGAACCUUCACUUUUGAAGCCAUUGGAUACAUCAAACAUUCUAGAGGUUUCUUUAGAGCAGUGUAGUAUUCAGAAUAUUUUAGAAUUGAAGUGUGAACUGCCUGCAUUACCUGGAUAUCAGCAUUCUGACAUUUCUAAAUUAAAAUCUUCUCAGAACAGCAAUUUUGUGGAAACAGAACAACAAAAGACUAAAAUAUCCCUGCAAGAGUUAUUUUCUCAUGCCUCACCACCAUCCAUUACACAAACACAUUUGACUUUAUCAAUAGCAUCUUCUUCAGCUACUGCACCUCCUGCUUUUGAUAACUCAAUUUCAGUAAACACAAAUUCAGUUCAAAUGUUACAGCCUGAUGAUAAUUUGGCAUCCAGAAGUGUCGAAAGCUCUACCAAUACUUCUAGUGAUACUUUACCUUUAGUGGCAACUGGGAAAGUCAAUGACAUCAAUCAACACAUUGUUCAAAAAAAGCAAGCAGCAUCUAAUUUCACUUCAUCUUCACAUGCUACAAAUCUCUUUAAAACAGAUAAUGAAACAUCUACAAUAUUUGAUCUCGUGAACCAAUCAAUUUCAAAGGGGGAAACACCUCCUAUACCUAAGACAAGAAAAUUGUUGGUAUCCAAUGGACCAGUGCUAUCAAGCUUAGCAAUGAAUAAAGAGAUUCAAACUUCUCAAACAGCAGGUCAGAACUCUGAUGAAAAGAAAGCAAAUUCAGACACAUCUAUUGAUGCUGAUACUGAUUCGUUAUCUUCAUCUGUUAAAACAGUUAGUGUAACUUCCCCUCAAGUUUUGGUUAGUGCUACUGUUACACCUGAAGUUGCUAGUGGUUCUAGUACAUCAAAGCUCAGCUUGUCACAUUCUACGCUUGCCAAUAACUAUCUUGGGCCAAAUGUAACACCAAAAGUCAUGAGUACUGAACUUUCUAAAGUGAGUGUUAUGUCAGUUAGUACAAGCAUUUCAGUAUCAUCACAGACUAGCUCAGCUUCAACAUCCAUUCAGUCACAAGCAUCUUUAGUUAGCUAUUCAUUGCAGCAAUACUUGUCAGGUACAGCCACAACUUCUGACUCUAGAAACAUCUUACGUAAAUCUCAUGUAACCUCUUCAAGCCCCAAAAAAUCCCCUGAUACGACAGUAUUGAGUCAAUCACCACCACUUGCAUCACCUGUUCGGUCCACAACUGGUGUCAAUAAUAAAGAUUUAAUGCUUGCAAGCAGUCAAACUAUUGCUGAUUAUUAUUUAAAAAGAAAAGUUGAGACCAACCAAUCCCGAUUAAAAAUCAAAGCUCACACAUUUGAUGAAGAUGACUAUGACAGAGAAAGUUUCAAUGUGGCUCCUACUAUGAAACGAGCAACAUCAUUUAAUUGUUCUGGAUCACCAAUACCACUUACAAGAAGCAAAACUCAACCUUCUAUAGGUACCAAAUAUUAUAGUAAAGCAAAUGUUCAACACUGCAGUAAACUUGUUUUUGAUAUAAAUAAAAAUUGCAAGCUGGUUAUAAAAUCCUAUGGAAAUAUUGUUAAAGAAAAAUCGGAAUUGCUUGUAUGUGUUUUAGGGUCAGAUGUUGACAUGAGAAAGACCAAAGUAGGACUGUCAUUUCACAAAGAAUUCCCAUACCUUUGGGAGGAACUUAAAAACUGUCAAAAGAAUAAUCCCUAUUCCAAAGUACUAACUGUUGACCAACCUUUAUUUUUUUCCGGUAAAGCCAUUUGUCACGUCAUUCUGACACCAUGGGAUAAGGAAAGAUCUCCAGAACAGAUUGAGACAGCUUUGCAGGAGAUAUUUAAAGUUGUGGAUGGUCUAGAUAUACAGUCAGUUUCAAUACCACCAUUAGGCUAUGGUCAAGCAUUCGGUUUUCCUGCUGAAUGUAUGGUACAUUCUAUCCUUACUAAUAUUAAGCUCAUGAACAUCAGUAAAAGUCUUAAGAAAGUUGUUCUCUUUGCACCAAACGUAACACUGUUUGAGGAGUACAAAGAUCAAGCACCCAAGUACUUUGAUGAAAGUAGUCAUUAUUGGGUAGGCUCUGGUGACUUAACAGAAUACACCACACUGUAUGAGCUACCAAAACAAGGUACACUAGCUAAUAUGGAAUAUCUAGCAAAACAAAAAACAGUUUUUCCAUCUUAUUGGUGUCAAAGUAAAACCCAGGGAGCAACAUCGUCUUCAACUUGGAGCAGCCUGAGAAGUUUUGUCUCUAAUAUGUUUAACCCAUUAGCUGAGAAAAAUAGUUCACAGGCAAGAUUAGUGGAUGUUGAUAGUGAAACAGAAGAAGCCAUAAAAAAACUUCUUAUUGAGACACAUGACCCUAAUGUCAUUGGUCAAGGAGCUGAUGCUGUUGGCAUGUAUUACUCUUCUCUUGAAGUGACUAAAAUUAAAAGGGUUGAAAACCCUGCACAGUUUGAAAAAUAUCAUGCGAGAAGAAAAGAAAUCCUGGAGAAAAUGAUUAGAAAGGGCUUCCCAUGUCAGGAUGUUGGUAAAAUUACUGGCUCUAAAGGAAAAGUUUUAACCAGUACCUUGCUUAGUGGCCCCUUGAAGGAUGGUCUUUUCACUGAGAUUAAUGAGCACUAUUUGUUUCAUGGUACUAAAGGUUCAGCUGUAACAAACAUAACUACAAAUGGUUUUGAUCCUGGCUGUUCUAAAACUUUGUCAAUGUUUGGCCAAGCUGUGUAUGCAGCAGAGAGGUUCACAAAAGCUGAUCAGUAUAGUGAUGAUAAGACUAGUCGAAAGCCUAAUGGAUCUGAGCUUACUUUAAUAUUAGCCAGAAUGUUGCUAGGAAAUGUUUUUGUCUGUGAUGAAAAUCAUAAAUGGCUUGAAAAAAAAGUUGGCAGAAAAUUUAAGAAGCCGCCUUGUAUGCACUGCCUAGAGGAUCUAUGCAUCUGUUUUCAAAAUGAGCAUUAUGACUCUGUUAUGGGUGAUGGGAAAUGGCUUUUUCGAGAAUUUGUUGUGUAUGAUGGUAGUCAGUGUUACCCUGAAUAUGUCAUCAAGUACAAAAGAUUGCCAUAGUUUUUUGUAGUUCCAAUAAAUUGGCAUAUAUGGAUGAAUGGUUUUCAAACUAUCAUGACCUAUUUAAAAUACAAAUAAUACAUUCAAUCAGCACUCAUUGCAAGAUCAAAGACUUUGGUAUAUUAAUGAAAUAUUCAAAUAUCAAGUUGUUUGGUUGUUACUUAAGUAACUUUCUCUCUAAUUAUUUUCCUCAUUCUGAUAUAAUUAUUCAUUUUGCACAUUUGUAUUUCACUAUCCUGUUACAAUUAAACUUCAAUAACUUUUUUGUUUGUAAUUGGAAAAUGUUAUAUUUGGUCUCGAAUUAUUGGAAAAUGCAAGCUUUUUUUACACAACACAAAUUAUUAAAGUUUAUAAAUCCAAAAAUCAAUUUAAUAUAAUGGGGUUAAAAAAAUUUAGGAGAGAAAGAGUAAAUAACUAUAUCAUUUCUUUCUCCUACUUCCACAUGUUAAGUCCUGUCUUUAUUCUUAUUUAUUUAUUCCUGUCUCGAAGUUUUACAUCAUGACUCUCUAAGUUUUAAAUAUUGACUUUUAAUUUUACAUCUUGACUCUCUAAGUUUUACAUCUUGACUCUCAAAGUUUUACAUCUUGACUCUCAAAGUUUUACAUCUUGACUUCUAAGUUCUACAUCUUGACUGUUUUAGUUUUUUAUGUUGACUCUUUUAAUUCUUCAUCUUGACUGUUGUCUUGGUUCUACAUUAUAAUUCUCUUACUCUGUGUAAGCAAGCAGCCAAAGUUAACAGUCACACUGACUAAAUUGUAUGUUCUCAUAGAAUGUGUCAGUCUAAACUGAUGUAUCUUCUGAAGUGAAAACUUGUUAAAAGAGCUACAUGUUUAAACUGUCUUGACUAUUGCUUGCUGUUAUCACAUUCUUUAAAUCUUGAUAUUUUAUAAAAUGUAACAAGUGACUAUUUUAAUGUUUAAUAUAUAUUCUGUUUUUUUCAGAUCAAUCAGAUCUUUACACUUUGAUAUAAUUCAUCGCAUUUUACUUAUUGUGAGCAAAGUAUUUUUAAUAUGUAUGUCAUUGGGGGCAUGGUGGCUGAGCGAUAAGGCACUUGGCUUCUGAACUGAGGGAAGCUGCCUGGUCAGGAGGUUUGCGCGCUGGACUGUCGUUCGAAUUUAUCGAUGGUCGAGGGUUCAAAUCCUGCCCUCUCCCAUCCCCCGUCGUCCUGCAGGAGGUUUGGACUAGGAAGUAAACUAUCUUCAACUCUGAAGGAACAUCCGAAACAUGUAAAACAUUUUACAAACAUCUGUGGUUUGAGUUCUAGGAUUUUGAAUUUUGCAAUUUUUAGGAUGUCCCUGAGUCUGUCCAACUAUGGUGGGUUCCUGACACUAGUUGGGAAAGUAAAAGCUAUGGAUCAUUGUGCUGGUCACAUGACAUCCUUGUUAACUAUCAGUCAUAGAAACAGAUGACCUUUACAUCAUCUGGUUAUUAGGCGAGAAGGUCUUAAAAGGGAACUGCCUUUCUUUUUCAUUGUAUAAUUACUGAUUGAUUUUUUAUUAUAAAUUAUUUAUGAAUUAGCUUUGAACAACUGGUAAUUUAAUACUUUGGUUCAGAUACAUUUUUUGUCUCAAAUUCUUUCCUUUAAAACUCUAACCCAAAUCACAUUUUUUGUUUGUUUUAUAUUGUACUAGAAGUACACUGGCUAAGCCCGUUGAUUUGUUCACAGGCUUUAUAUUGUUUUGUUUUUUAUUUUUUUUAUUUCAUUGAUUUCCCCUAAUAUACUUUUUAGGCUGUGAAUUAGUGUAUUUUUUACAAUGAAAUUUAACGGCCUGAUCCCUUUCUCUUUCAUUCUCUCUCUCUCUCUAGAAUCCUCAUUGUUUUUAAUUUUUUAAAACUGCGUGUCAAAAUUUCUCCUGCAUUGACUUUUGGCUUGAUGUGAAAAGACCCGCUUUAUAAUGUCACCCCCUCUUUCACACUUUUUGGCCCCUUUUUAAUUACAAUGACAACCCUAAAUUUUUUAACAACCUCUAAAUGAUCGAUCGGAUCCUUUAAUACACACUUUUCAGCUUUUGAAUUAUAUAUAUAUAUAUAUAUAUAUAUAUAUAUAUAUAUAUAUAUAUAUAUAUAUAUAUAUAUAUAUAUAUAUAUAUAUAUAUAUAUAUAUAUAUAUAACUUUGGAUAGUUUUACCUUUUGUAUUUGCAUCCUUUAAUUGUAAGGCAAGCAAUGCACAGUGAUAGACACUGCAAACAUUUCUUAAUUUAGACCAUCAGUUUUCAAACCUAGAUGAAAAAAAUGCCUUUUUGAAGGCCUUAAUUGAAUGCCCUAUUUCUGUUCCCCAAACAAUUUUUAUUUUGGUUUUCUGUAUUCUAAAUAUAAGGAAAUAUCAAUUUCUUUUUAUUAAUUAUAAUCGUUAUUUAAUUCCUUUUGAAUGUAGAGAAAUAAUAGUGCAACAAAGAUUCAUUCAUACUCUAGAUCAGUGAUUCUCAACCUUUUUAGCUCGGCGACCCCUUUGUACUGUUCCCUACUAUGUGGCGACAGUAAAACAGUAAAAUUUUUCACCAUAUAAUUAAAUUCCAAAAAAUGAAAUAUCUAGAACAAGAAGAAGCUACGCUCCAACAUAAAAAUGAGAACGAAGAAGAAAUAUCUAUAUGAUUUUGAUCUAGUCCGAUACUGUUAAAUGUAGCAUUGAAUAUAAUAUGUUCCUGGAGCAACAGUUUGGUUUUCUCAGACAGUUGCUAAAGUAAGAAAUUUCUGAUGUCUUAAUGUGCACAAUGGUACAAGAUGCACCAAAAUCAUCAGACAAAGCAGAGCAAAAGAGGCAUUAUAGGAUAGAAUGUAUUCUAUUGCAUGCAGCAGUCAUUAAAUUAUCCACUAGGCCCCAUCUCUUAAGUUAAAUACUCUCACACUGAAUAGACUUUUGGCAAGUGUAUGUCAGGUACAUUUGGAAAGUAUGAGGAAAUUUCCUCCACAAGCAUUCACAAAAUGUUCUUUCAGAGAAACGAUUAUUCUAUCUGUUUGUAAUAUUCCUCAUAGAGAACACAUAAGAUUGGCAACAUGUAGGACUAAGUAUUAUUUUUGUCAAAUUUUGUUUGUCAAUUUGAAGUUUCAUUUGGGAGGAUUGGAUUUUUCCAGACAAAUCGAAGCAUGUUGCAUUUGAUCCUUGUAGUGACAUUUUUCAUUGCUUCUUGUCAAUCUUGUGGCUUUGUCUUCGUUUCUCAUAUUCGUCGAUGAAUCAUAUAGUAAGUUUCCAUAAAUUUUGGUGACUUAUUAUGUACCGAACGUUGAAAUCCUUACUGAAAUACUAGCAAACUUUGAGCACCAUCUGUACAAACGUCACUAAUAUUUUUCAAUGAGAUUUUCUACUUUUCCAAAAAUGAAUCAACUUUCUAUCUCGUGCUGUAGUCAUUUGAAGUGGUUUGCAAAAGAAAGACUCGUCUUUAAAAUUGUCAUAAUUUAUAUACAUAAUGUUGAUGGUCUAUUUUGUUGAUGAGUAUAUAUAUGUUAAUGGUGCAUGCGAGUCCAUAUGACACAACAACAGAAUGAAUCAAGAAUAUACUUAAUAACGCAGGCUGAUAACUUCAACAAUUUAAUAAACAAUAAAAAGGGCACAGUCCUCUGUCGUCGCUAGCCUAGCGUCGUCCUCUAAGGCGUCUUGUCCGUUAUUCUUCUUGUUCGUAAUCCUACUCUGUUCUUACUCGUCACAUUACUUAGGAAAAACCCGAUUCACAUCAACUUCUAUGCAUCUUGUGUCAUUACAAUAAACAUGUAGCUUUAAAUUACAUGGUAUCCAUGUAGGGAAAGCGAGAAUGUUAAGUUAAAGUUAUUUAGGUUACAUGGAUUCUGCUUAUAGAACUUCCUUACAAAUGACGCUCUGAGAUGUUUCCAUCUCUGCAUUUGCUAUUAAAGUAAACAAAUCACAAUAAUAAUUUAUAUGUAUGGUUUCAUUUUAUGUGAUAUAUCUAUGCAUAUACUUUAAAACAUAUCAUUUUAAUAAUAUGGAUUAUUAAACGAUAACCUAUUGUUAUUAACUAUAAACAAAAUGGCUUUUUUAAUUUUGUCAAGGCAUUACUAUAGAAAUAAUAUCUACGAUUCCGAACCGUUACGUUAUACACUAAUUAAUUAAUUAAAACAUCAGUUUAAACGAUUAAAAAUGUAUAUGCUAAGACAAUCAAAAUGUUUGAAAUCAUUCUGAUUGGGUUGUCUAUCCUUGAAAAACAAAAGAAAAGAUAAAUUCCAAUGGGAAAACUUUGUACAAUGUCAAGUUUUACACGUUAGAAUAGACUCAAAAAAAAAAAAAAGAAAAAAAAUUUAAAUGGUCUUAGGCGACCCCCGGUAAAUUGUCAUUUGGGGUCGCGACCCACAGGUUGAGAACCACUGCUCUAGAUCUAUCAUGACACGGCCUAGGCCUAAUUGGUGUCGAUGUGCUAAAAACCCCAAACCGGAAACCCUAGAUCUAUCUUUUUUUUAUGCCAUUAGGGUUAGUUUUAUGGGUUUUUUAAAAUUUGUAUCCUUUCUAAGAGGAAGCAGAAAUGACAAAAGGCAUAUAAAUAUAAGUAUUGACUUUGUGAAGAAGAAAGUAUUUGCUUUAAGAAUACAGAGUUUGUGUGCUAUUUCUUUUUAUGUUUUAUAUAUUUGGGGAAAUACUGAAAAUAAAAAGGUUUGAUACAAAGCUUGUGGCUUUUGCAAAUUGCAGUGGUCAGGUCAAAACCAAUUCUUAGUGAUCGCCUAGGAGGUAAAAAGAACCUGUGUACGAAAUUUCUUGUAAAUCUGUAUGAAAAUAUAAAAGAUCUGUUGAUCAAGCAGGCAGUGAGUGGUAAUUUAGAAAUAGGCCUUUAUAGUAGAUUUACAUUUUUUAAACUAUGCUUUCAUUAUUUAUUUUUCUUAUUAAAUUGCUUGUGGCUAUUAUUUUUAUCUCAUUGACCAUGAAACAUAUGAACUUGUAGAGUAUAGUUUUGUAUGUUUAAUAUUUAAGCACAUUUCAUAGUGCAGCAUUAAAAUGGUGAUGUGAUGUAUUUUGAAUAUUUCAGUUGUUAAUGUCAUACAGAAAUAGAUAUAAAGUUAUUAUUAAAACACUUCCACAUUUCUUAUCUUGAUAAUAUUUAUCUUCUUAUCUUAUCCUAUAAAAUAUAGACGUUUCUUUAAAAAGAAGAUAAUUACAUCCUAUCUGUGUCCCUAGUCAAUCUAGUCAUGCAUGUUAAUCAUUGACUUAACGCUGCCUUGUCGUUGAUUUUCCUAGCUGAUUCUGGCAACCCAUUUUAUGCUCUAAUAGCACUAGGGAAGAAGGAGUAUUUGUAAAAAUUUGUCCUAGCAUAUGGAACAAGAAAUGUGCCUCUUUACACUUAUCUUUACAAAACACACAUGGCAUACCAUACUGAAUAUCUGAUCAGAUGCACACAUGGCAUACCAUACUGAAUAUCUGAUCAGAUGCACACAUCAUACCAUACUGAAUAUCUGAUCAGAUGCACACAUCAUACCAUACUGAAUAUCUGAUCAGAUGCACACAUGGCAUACCAUACUGAAUAUCUGAUCAGAUACACACAUGGCAUACCAUACUGAAUAUCUGAUCAGAUGCACACAUGGCAUACCAUACUGAAUAUCUGAUCAGAUACACACAUGGCAUACCAUACUGAAUAUCUGAUCAGAUGCACACAUGGCAUACCAUACUGAAUAUCUGAUCAGAUGCACACAUGGCAUACCAUACUGAAUAUCUGAUCAGAUACACACAUGGCAUACCAUACUGAAUAUCUGAUCAGAUGCACACAUGGCAUACCAUACUGAAUAUCUGAUCAGCCAUUUGUAAAGUUAUAAGCACAAAACUUGUAAAUUAAGAAUCCUACAUUUUUAUUUUAAGAUUUUCUGUAAGUUAAAAAAAAAUGUUUUCAUAAAUCAAAUUUAGCUAUUGCAUUUUUUCAAAUAUUGUUUGUUGAUGGUGCUCAUAAAUAAAUGUUUUACAGGGAUGUAAAAACGAUUAUCAAUUGUAGGAUAUUUGUAGGCUACCUGUAAAUAGUGAUUUGGAAGAAGUUUGUUACAAAUGUGAAACAGAUUCCUUUUUAUUUUUUUAAAGUAUCUUGUAAUGACAUUAUAUGCUGUAAAAUUAAGGAUUUAAAAUCAAUCUGACAAUUUAAAAGGUUGUAUAGUAGGCCUAUAUAUUUUUAUUAGAUCUCUUAAUCUCUAUAUAGAGUUGAUGAGUCAUUCUCAUUGUUAGAAGAAAUUUUUUUACUCGAAAAAAAAGUUUGAUAAUUAACAAUAAAUUACACUAUAAUUUUUGACCAUUUUUUUAAAUCUGUAAACUCUCUCAAUUGUUUUGAUCAUAAUUUUCUGAGUAAAAAAAUGUUUUGGCAUACUGUAUCAAUUUUAAUUAUUAUUUAUUACUUUGAUUAUUGUUAAUUUUAUCUGUGAUUAUAAGGUAAACUAAAAUUCUACAAGUUUAGCUUUUGUGAUUCUUAACAAUAUAAUGGUAUAGAUAUAAUGGUAGUACUGGUACUUGCUAAACAAUGGUUUAAGAAAAUUUUGAUUUUUAAUGAAGUUGGACUGUAACAAAAUUACACUAAAUUUAUUUUUUAAUAUAUAAAGUUGUAUUCCAUGUUAAUCUGUUGGUUAAAACCAGUCAAAAUGUAAACACAAACUUUGGAAAGCAAUAAAACUGGAUUAAGUAAUAAUGGGCUCAUCAAAAAAGCCAUAAUAUGGCCAUUUUUUUAAAUAUAUAUAAAAAAAAACAACUGGCCAUUUUUUUAAAUAUAUAUAAAAAAAAAAAAACAACUUUUUAAGCUUUGAUAAACAAAAAAUUACUAUAGUUCUUUUUUGACAUUUCAGUAAGUACAGGUUUUAGGCCAUCACUACCACUCUACUACCACAUUGUAGAUGUUUGUAGUGGAAGCCAAUUGGAAUGUUUAGUUUAGAUAUCUUAUCUUAUAUAAUACAGACAUUACUUCAAAAAAGAAGAUGAUAUCAUUCAUUCAUUAAAGGUAUUUUAUGUUUUAUAUUAUUGAUAUAUGAUCAUUUAUGAUACCUAGUCUAUUCACAAUCUCAAUUUAUUAGCAAUGUGUGGCAUGCUUGAGAGAUAUUAUAUAGUGCCUUCAAGUGUCAGAUCUAUCCCCCAAGUGCUGUAGCCAAUAGAUGAGUUUAUAGUCUGUGGGAUGCUUAUUUGUUUGUACUUCCCUAGAUUGAUUCGUUAACCAACAGCCGCAGAAGUAGUGACUCUUUGGAUCACAGCAGUUGGGUUUAAGAUUAAGUUAAUCUUCUCUCUUUAUAUUAUAAAGCUGUUGUUGUUUUUAAAAUGAUGAUUAUCAUUUAUUGUAUGAAAGACUGUUGUGCUAAUCAAGUUUUCUCGAUCGACUUCAUUGAACUAUAAAGAUAUUUGUUUUUAUGUAUGGUAACUUACAAUGCUAAUAUCGCAAAUCUGUUGUAAUGAUAUGCAUCUGAAGCAAGUCAAAGUAUUAGGUCUAUAGACAUGCAUAGAUCUAACUACAAAACGUUUGUGCAUCUUAUAAUACUAAUUAUAUUGUUGGACAGCUUGACAUAUCUGUAUUAUUAUAUGUCAUAUGAUCUCAGUGAUACUAUGACAUUUUAAACAUCUAUUGUAGGCCUAAUAUGAUGUUAAUAUUACAAUUUUUGGACAUUUAUUUAUUAUUAUUUAUUAUUAUUAUUAUUAAUAGAACUUUGUUUAAUUGCUGUGAUCACGAUUAAACACAAAAACGUUUAAAGCAUUAA